AUGGGGCGGUGCAGCUGCAGCCAGUGCAGACCCAAGGAGGGGGAGCCCCCCAGCCCAGACCCCGGGAGCCUGGCCGAGCGGAGACUUCUGGAGGAGUCCUUUGCCAAGAUCUUCAAGGAGCCGGAGCCCCAGGGGUGGCGCUGUGCCAGGCUGGUGCUGAGGGCUGUGAAGCCCCUGGCCCUCUCUAUCUGCUCCCCGAUCUUCAAGUUUGGCGAAGACUGGAUCUUCCUCUUCCUCCUUGGCAUCUCCAUGGCAACCAUUAGCUUUGGCCUGGACGUCAUCACCUCCAUAUUCCAGCAAGGCAACCUGUGGCUGUACGAUGAGCUGAAGGGCUACCGCCACCUGCAGUAUUGCGCCUGGACGGCAUACCACGUGGCUCUGAUGGUGAGUUCAGCCAUCGCCGCCAAAUACAUCUCGCCCCAAGCUGCAGGCUCUGGGAUCCCUGAGCUGAAGGUGGCCCUCCGAGGGGUGGUGCUGCCCGAAUUCUUCACCCUGCGAACCUUCGUGGCCAAGCUGGUGGGGAUCAUUUGCACCUUAGCAGCCGGAAGCACCAUCUUCCUUGGGAAAGUGGGGCCGUUUGUCCACAUGGCCACGAUCCUGGCCACGCAGCUAGGCAAAGUCAUGGUCUGGUUUGCAGGGUCUGCCGAGAACCCGGCACGCAAGUAUGAGCUGCUGAUUGCGGGGGCUGCUGUGGGUGUGGCGUGCUGUUUCGUGGCACCCGUCGGAGGGGUGCUCUUUGGAGUGGAGGUGACGGGCACCCACUUUGCCGUGCGCGACUACUGGCGUGGAUUCUUUGCCGCCACGUGUGCAGCACUCACCUUCCGCCUGCUGGCUGUGCUCAACAACACCAGAGAGACGGUGGCUGUUCUCUUCCGCACCAGCUGGCGUGUGGAGUUCCCCUACGACCUUCCGGAGCUGCUGUCCUACGCGAUCCUGGGGAUCCUUUGCGGAGUCCUUUGUUGCGUCUUUCUCUUCUGCCACCGAAACAUGCUGAUGAUUUUCCAUAACUGGCCGAAGGUCGACCAUUUCAUGAGGAACAACAAAAUCCUGUAUGCUGGAGUCGUAUCGCUGGUUCUGGCAAGCCUCACAUUCCCCCAAGCGCUGGGGCAGUAUAUCGGUGCCAGGCUUUCCAUGAAGGAGCUCCUGGAAACCUUUUUCAACAACAUGACCUGGGGGCUGGAAGAGGCGUCCUUGGGCAACACCACCCACCACCCCCACAACCUGACCGAUGGCAACUGGCUUCCGUGGAUGCACCCCGACCUCUACGUGCUGGAGAUGCUGGCCCUCUUCCUCGUCGCUAAGUUCCUCAUGCUUCUCGCUGCGACCACCAUGAUUGUGCCUGCCGGAUAUUUCCUCCCCGUCUUUGUUUAUGGAGCUGCUCUGGGCCGGCUGUAUGGUGAGGUGAUGGCCAAAAUCUUCCCCGAUGGCAUCAUUUCUGACGAAAUCCAUAUCCAAAUCACGCCCGCCGGCUACUCCCUGGCAGGGGCAGCGGCGUACUCUGGGGCAGUCACCCAGACCAUUUCCACGGCCCUGCUGACCUUCGAGCUGACCGGGCAGAUGUCCCACAUCCUGCCCGUGCUGGUGGCCGUGCUCAUCGCCAACGCCAUCAGCCAGCGCUUGCAACCUUCCUUCUUUGACGGCAUCAUCAUCGUGAAGAAACUUCCCUUCCUGCCCAAGCUCUCUGUGGGCAAGAGCGGAGGCCACAAUAUUUAUGCCAAAGACUUUAUGGUGACGGAUCUCAAAUAUUUGACCCGGGAAAGCAAAUUCAAGGAUCUCUGGACUUUGCUCAACGACUCAACCCUCAAGCAGUUCCCCCUGGUGGACUCGGAAGAAUCACGUGUUUUGCUGGGGUCCGUUAAGAGGACAUACCUCUCCGAGCUCCUGACAGACCAGCUUAGCUCCAAGAAGAGAUUUCAGUACCGGCUCAGCCGAUCGUCCGGGGCUACCAACCCUCAGGAGCGGGAGCUGGGUGGAGAUGAAGAGAAAGAAGAGAAAUUAGAAAUGUCCAAAGAAACAGAGGGCCCGUCUUCCAAUGCCACAGAGACCUCCUGGACAGAAGCGGCAGAGGAGCCAUCGAGAAGUGUGGCAGGGGGUGGAGAGCGUCUGCCCGAAAGAGAGGGGCGUGGGUGCUGCUACAGCUUGGCGGAAGAGUGGCAUUGUCAGCAACUGCAGGAAACUCUCUGUCUGGAAGGCUGGCCCAUCGACCCGGCUCCUUACCGCCUGCUGGAGAAGGAAACACUUUACCAGUGUUACGAUCUCUUCAACCUCCUGGGUCUCAACAUAGCGUACGUGACCAACUUGGGCCGCCUGGUUGGGGUUGUCAGUCUUAAGGAACUGAAAAUGGCCGUGGAAGGAUGUGUCAAGGGCACCUUUGCCAGCCAGGCCCCACAGCAGUCCUGCGGACCUGAGGAUGAGGAGGAACUAGAAGCACCAGAAGAUGCCACAGGCAGCCGCUCCCUGGCCUAG